AUGGGCCUCGAGGUUGUGUCGGACCAUGACAAGUGGUUGUCCACGCUGAAGGAGGAAGAGGCACCUCCAUUGGCAAUUCGCGCACUGCGAGGGGUGUGCUCACAAAUGCUUGUGAACAUGUCUGAAUCUUCUGAAGCCUGGAAGGCGAACAGGAAGGAACGGCAGGAACUUCUGCGUGUCGUAGCGCAGACCUCUGGUCCCGUUGAAAAAGAAGUGAGAUGCUCAGACCGGUCCUUUUCCAUCUUCACCAGCCCUUGUCGCGCCUGCCCACGAGGCAACAUUGAACUUUCAGAUGCCCGGCGGCUCGCAGGUGCAUUCGCUUCGAAGACAUUAAAGUUUUAG